CGCGCGAUCCCAUUCCUACUUUGCCUCUCCGAACCCCCUCUCUCUCUCUUCCCGACCUCGUCCUGUCCCUCUUCGCUCCGAAACCCUAGAAGCGAAGAGAUCCUAAAUCGCCUUUAAUCUCCUCCCCCUCCCUCGUUUCCGAUCAAAUUCCCCUUCGCCGAUCGCAGAGGCGUCCCCGUAGAGCUUCCUCUUCCUCAUCCUCGAUUUCUCGCCAUGAAUCCGGAGUAUGACUAUCUCUUCAAGCUUCUGCUCAUCGGUGAUUCUGGUGUUGGCAAGUCAUGCCUCCUCCUAAGAUUUGCGGAUGACUCAUACUUGGAGAGCUAUAUCAGCACCAUUGGAGUUGACUUUAAAAUACGAACGGUUGAGCAGGAUGGGAAGACCAUUAAGCUUCAAAUUUGGGAUACUGCUGGCCAAGAACGAUUCCGGACGAUCACCAGCAGUUACUACAGAGGCGCUCAUGGUAUCAUUGUUGUGUAUGAUGUGACAGACCAAGAGAGUUUCAAUAAUGUAAAGCAAUGGUUAAAUGAGAUCGACCGUUAUGCAAGUGAGAAUGUCAACAAGCUUCUUGUGGGUAACAAGUGUGAUCUUACAGCAAACAAAGUUGUGUCUUAUGAGACGGCUAAGGCAUUUGCUGAUGAAAUUGGCAUUCCAUUCAUGGAGACUAGUGCAAAAAAUGCCACUAAUGUUGAACAGGCCUUCAUGGCCAUGACAGCUGCUAUCAAGAAUAGGAUGGCGAGCCAACCGGCCAUGGGUAAUGCUAGGCCGCCUACAGUGCAAAUCCGCGGCCAACCCGUCAACCAGAAGACCUCCUGCUGCUCUACUUGAAGCUUCUCUAUGCUCACACUGGCGUGUAAACACAUCUUCCGCUUCCAUGUUCAGUCUCUGUUUUAUUUUCUUCUUAGAUACUGCUCUUGUUUCUCUUAUUCUUUUAUUAGUAUUUGCUGUUUAGUUCUUAAAGGAACAGGGAUUUCUGAAGUAGUAAUGUGUUCCUCUGAAACUGUGCUGCUCGUUUGUUCGUAUUUGCAUUCUUUAAUUAGACAGUUUCUUCUGCAGGAAGUUCUAUCUUA